UCAUUUCAACUUCUAUCUACACAUUUCUGUGGAACUUUUUUUUUGAUUUUAUCAACAACAAAAAUUAAGACCAGACCCAUUUCGAACAUCAAAACAUAAACCAAAUUGAGUGUUAGCAAACGCAAAAUGGCAUAUUCGAGAUCUUCGAAAGGAUGCAACUGGCCGGGCAUCCUGGACUCUAGUCAUGCGCUGCGGAAGUACUUUCCUAGCCAGGCCACCAGCUCGCAAAACCACGACAGACUGCCGACCUUUGACCCGCCGAACUUUGUGGGAGCUGAGCCCAAGCCGCAACCCCGGGUAAAUGCCGCCUGGCAACUGGCCAGUGAUCCAUCCGAUUUCGCGAGCAUCCGCGGGCCCAAAAGGCCGAAGGGUUUGAGGGAUCGCGAGCGAAAGCGAGUGGAACGCAAGAUUUGGGCCAGGCCGGCGAAAAUCGAUGUGGCGAAAAGAGCCGCAAGAAGUCCGGACAAGCCCGAAAGACUAGAGAAGGCUGAAGUAGCGACGAAGCCUCCAAUUCGGCCUGGAAUUCAGAGGAAGAAGGUAAGGGCUUCGAGUCCUACCGACCAAAAGCGGCCGAGCCUAUCGUUCCGCUCGCCACGGCGAAGGAAAAUCCUGGUGGUGGACGCCAAGAGGACUCCGCGGGUUAGCCAUCAGGCCCAGCUGGCUGGCGGAGCGGAGGGUCAGCCUCCGACGAGCUCUGCAUCUGGACGGAAAUGGGAGGGCCAGCAUCCAAAGCUCAGGAUGCGCGGUCGCUCGAAGAAGACGUACGGCGUGCCCUUGUGUAGUCGACCCACCGAGAUCAUGGCCAUGGCCAUGGGCAGGGGCAGUGGCGUUCCCUACUCCCGGCAGAUGCAGAUGCGGCAGGAGCAGCUCUACCAGCAGCCGGAGUACCAAGACCAGUACAUGAGAAUGCUCCACGAGCAGCAGCGCCAGCAGCAGGAGCAGCAGCAGAAGGACUGCGCCCUGAUGGCCCAGCAUCCGUACUCCAUCCUGCCGGGCGUCCUGUCCGAGGAGGAGCAGAUCCAGUCCCAACACCAGCCACACGUAUACUCCGUGCCUUCCAAGUCGCCGCUCAAGCGCCUGAGGAACGGCAAACGCAUGUGCGGCAACUUUUACUACGACUAGAAUAGCAGCAUAAUCAAUAAAAAAGUGCCACAAGA